ACCAUGGCCUCACUGGGCAUGCAGAUGCUGGCGAGCUCCCUGGCGCUGCUGGGGUGGGUGGGGGCUCUGCUGACUUGCAUCCUGCCCAUGUGGCGUGUGACGGCCUACAUCGGCACCACCAUCGUCACCUCGCAGACCAUGUGGGAGGGCAUCUGGAUGACGUGCGUGGCGCAGAGCACAGGCCAGAUCAUGUGCAAGCCGUAUGAUUCCACGCUGGCGCUGGGCACAGACCUCCAGGCUGCCCGGGCACUGACGGUCAUCGCCCUGUUGGUGGCCAGCGCGGGGCUCCUGCUCGCUUUUGUGGGGGGCAAGUGCACCCGCUUCCUAGAUGGUGAGGGCAAGAGGACCAAGGCCCGAGUGCUCGUCGCCGCCGGAGGUACGCUGCUCGUUGCCGGGCUCCUGUGCAUCAUCCCAGUGUCGUGGACCGCCGGGGCGGUGGUGAAGGCCUUCUACAGCCCCCACAUCACGGACUCCCAGCGCAGGGAGCUGGGGGGGGCCAUCUACAUUGGGUGGGGGGCGUCCAUCCUGUUCUUCCUAGCGGGGGGGAUGUUCUGCAGCACUGCCUGCUCUCGAGACGCCGCUGAGGACAACACCCCCUCCGUGAAGUAUGUUCUUGUGCGCUCAUCCGUUAACGGCGGCUCCAGGCCCACCUCAGGACCCUCCGUGCGCUCCCAGCCAGAGGGAGGCCAGUGGGGAAAGCCACCGGUCAUGGCCAAGCCCCUAGGCAGCCAAGCACCCUCCACAUGGUCCCACAACAGCCAAGCACCCUCAACCAAGUCCCAGCUGAAGAGGCCUGUGUCAGCCCAGUCGGAGGUGAGCGAGGGGCCGUCCACCAAGUCCCAGCUGAAGAGGGCCGACUCCACGAAGAGCCUGGAGCUCUCCACCAAGUCUGAGCUCAACGAGACAGCUGCAUUCACAGACGAGGCACCACUUACUCCUACAAAGACUUACAUCUGACUGUUUCUGCAAGGCACUGCCACAGUAUAUUCCUGUUAAAAUGAUGUGUCGUUGUACCAGUUAUGCACUUGGACUUUGCACUCUUCUUGUGGGCCAGUCAAGAGUGUAAAUAUAUAUUUAAAAUGAAGCUGUUAAUGUACAUAUGUUUUUUUCCCUCAAUGUUUAAACGUAUGUGUGGUAAAAUGAAGGAAGGCUAAGUGAUGUCAUUCACAAGCCUCUUGUGAGCUCUUCAGUGGUGAUGUGUAAUACGAUCACAAACAGCCCCAC